GCUAAAAGCGAAUUCAAGGAGAUCAGACGAUAUGUUGAUAUCUGGAAUGACACUGUCGAGAAGCAGAUUGCCUCUAAUCCUAAAGACGUUACAAAGUCGCUCAAAAAGUUUGUUCCGUUUUUUGGUCCCAGUAAGUGAAAGCACAAAGCACGUGGCGCUUUUCUUCUUUUCUUUUCGUUUUCUUCCACUUUCUUUUCCAAGAUAGACCCCCCAAAACUCUAUUUGAAACUAACUCUUUCUUUAAUUUACAUUGUCAUACGUACAUGUUAUGCUUAAAAAAAAAAAAAAAAAAAAAAAAAAAAAGAACCACCUUCAUAUACAAAAAUUGCCGACACACAUAUGGCAAAUGCCCGUACGUUUGUUCCUACGAUCGAAGACAUUGGACUACUCUCUGAUAUCAAAAUGGACACGAUCGCAGAUACAUCGAGUGAAUUAGUCAUUUAUACUGCACGCUUCAAGGAUGCUUACAAUAAUUUGUCUCAUCAACUGGAAGUCUUGCAUAAGAAGAGUCGAGUCUUGAAAAAGAAAAAGAAUCAGUGUAUUGAGAAGUUGUUUGACGAGCGGUGUAGGAUAUUCUCAGAACAACUUCAAGCGCAUUACAGGAGCGUUGGCGAAAGUCUUGUCGGAGCUGAUGCUGAUGGGCUAGAUUCGGCUUUGAUCAUGGGCGUUGUUGAGGAUGGGACCCUCACGAGCAACGGAUCCCAUCAGACUAUACUGAACAACUCGGGGCUGAGGAUGGCGUUACAAAGACAACAUGUGGAAGGCAAUUUAUUGGAACCAUAUUCAUAUUCAUCAGAAGGAAGCAGUACAUUAGGUCUUGAUUCUCAGGAGAUUUUAGCAGAGUCGGAAGAGUUGCCUUCUUACUUUCAGCAUGAGUACGAAGCAAGUGCACAUCAACACCAACAGCAGCAGCAACAACAACAACAACAACAACAUAGGCAUACUCACAGUCGUAACCAUAGUCAAAGUCAUGGCAAUGGUCAUAGACGUAACUUCUCAUUGGGUUCGCCCGCUCAUUCUUCUUCUGCAUCAUCUUCACUGUCAUUGCACUCACCUCUACCAAUCCAUGCAACUGUGUUAACUACCGAUAGUCCACCCGAUUAUGUACGUGAAGAGCCUGCAGCAACGAUAGCAACAGUAUCAGGACACAACCACAGUACGUUAGCAUCUAUAGCUGUUCAGGAGGAUGAGGCUGAUGCACAGUUCCAAGCCUAUCAUUCAAGAUAUGAUUCUCGUCAGCGACAAGGCUCCGAUCCAAGAACAAGACCACAUAUUACGACAAUGGCCACAAUAGCUACAGCAAAUGGUGGCGGUAGUGGUAAUGGCAGUGGCGCGAUGGAUAUGCCUCCAGAAUAUGAAGAGACCCGGUACCAUACUGCCGUGAACCCUGCUUAGAGGGAGAUAGAAUAGAAAUAGCAGAGAAAAGGACGACAGAGAGAAGCCGUGGCAGAACGCAUCGAAAUAGUUCGACAACUUUUCUUUCCUCAGGA